UCUUAAAUAGUUACGGAGCUCAACUCUGCUCCAGGGGGAUACAACAGCAGGCUCAUUCUAAACCCAGGGAACAUUGAGCUAAACCGAACCCUGCUAAAGGGGGAAUAUAGAACAAUGUUUAAAAUCUCGAAAAGAAAGAAGAUAUAUUCCUGAACCUGAUCCUUCUCCUUUGGGUGCUCUGCUCCGAGUUCUUAUAGCUGUGGAGACGAUUUUUAAAGAAAAACUGUUAAAUCUUUUGUUUCAUUCCGGAUAGAGUUCAAUCUUGCCUAUAGGUUUUAAACUGAACACUCAACUUGCUCUUCAAAUGCAAAACCAAGACUGAUUUUUGUUUUAAAAGGCUAAACCCAAUAUGCUCCCAGCUCUGAAGUCCCCCUGGAGAAAACAAUCCCCUGCAAAUCCUAAACAGUUCACUGCCUAGUAUCUGAAAACUACACUUCCCGGAGAAAGCUUUGAAGAAGGAGAGAAGAGCAAGUAAUAAAAAUGUGUUCAGUUGCCGUGACGGAGAUAAAACAAUCAGCUGUUGCUUCUGCCAGGUUGAGGUUAGCUUGUUCAGACCGGAAUGUCAAACUGAUUCCAGCUCUCCACAAACCCUGGAUUCUACAGUAUGCCACGAAAAAAAUCUGGGAAAUCAAAAAAUAAAGGUUCCCCCGGAGUAUUUAUUUCUAACCUUAUCUCCUCUGAUAAACCUAUCCCGGAGAAAGUUAAAGUUAAACCUGAACCAAGUGCUGGGGUAUCCAACGACCUAGAGAUAUAUCAAGAAGCUGUGAUUUUAAGAACUGUUGUGGAACUUGCGCUUGCAAACUUACUGGUUGGAAACAAAGCUCCUGGUCUUAGACCUACCCAGAGUAAAAUGGCUCUUCCGAAUGAACCCUCCGGGUCUGGUUUUUCCAAGUUUAUAAGUCCUGUUCAAGAUCUAGGCAGAUCCCUUCUUGGUUUCCUCAUAGGAUCCAACCAGGAACCUUCUACUCAAACUCCAGGACGGAGAACUAACCAACAGAGUAAUUCUAAGCGUGAUUCAAUUAUAUCCAGCAACUCUGUGACCUUGGGCAGGCAGAGGCCUGUCGGUCAUCCUGCUAAUCCGUCCACACAUUCAACCCCUGUGGUCGUGAGACGGAUCAGAACUUCUAAUUCGUUCUCUAAAUCUUGUGAGUUAGAUCCUGUGAAAGAGCGCAAAUAUGCUUCAGACAGCCAUGAUACUUCUGAUCCCAAUCCUACCAAACCUUUUGCUGCUCAGAGGAGAAAGAAGAAAAGUAGGACGGAGGAUGAUAAGGUUUCUCCGAUAGGUUCAGUAGAUAUUACAACUUCGCCAGUUCAAAUCCCGCCAAUGAAUAAACUGGUAUCCAAACAAACCCCUGCACCUAUUAAAUCAAUUUCCCCCAAUCCCCCAAGUUCGACUUCCGCUAAACCCCCGAUGCAAGGAGGAAAUAAGAAGCGAAACAGAAGUUCCUCGAAUCGGCGGAAAAAACAGGCUGCCAAGAAAAACAGAGAUAAAAUAAAUCUAAACACUGUCGAAAAUGUCUCCGGACAUACUGAUCCAGUUGAUGCUGCAACUCUCCAGGUGUCCUUAGAAACAGAGGUUGUGCUUAGGAGAAAAGAUAUAAGGAUGGAUAAUCGUGAAUCUGGUAUAUCCCUGUUUGAUCCGGCCGAGGUGUAUAGUACGCCCCGGACUAGCUUAUUAAUCCCAGAAACUUUGCAAAUUAAAUCCAACCCGAUAAAUAAUGAAGAUCAGGAACAUAAACCGUCGCACGUUGAUGAAACUUCUCCAGAAGACUGUACCGUCUGUGUUACAGUCGGAGAACCCUGUAUGGAAAACCCUGCGACAGAUAGUUCAAGUAAUGAAAAAUCCUCUUGUGAAAAUUCUGACAGCUGUAAAAUCGUUUCAGAGAACUUGGAUUCUCUUGUCAGUCGCUGUGAGGGUGAAGAUAAUUAUGCAUCUGUUGACAACUGUUCUAACCCUGAAAUAUUUGACAGCAUUGCUCCUGACAACAGCUGUCUACCACCGGAUAGCAAACUUGUUCUCCAGUCUGUAACGGAAUCUGUGACAGCUGUCAAUGACAGCUUUUCACCCGACGACAGUGGUUUUGAUUGUAAAAGUCGCAUAAUCCCUGACAUUGGCAGCUGUGAGGCCCCUGACAGCUGUGAAUCCUGUGUAUCGGAUAUCAGGCAAAUAGUGGAUGCAGGGCUUCCGGAGUUUCAGGACACAAAUCUGCCUGUUCAGGAAACUACCAGGAGUUUCGUAACUGCUCAAACCUCAUUAAUCCAAUCCCAUCCCGGGAAUGAAGGGGCCCCGGGUCAAGAGGGGGUCACACCAGGUAGUUUUGGGGACUAUCAGGACACCCAGUUUGAGACAGUGUGUGUUCAACCCUACCCAGAGAAAGAAGAAUCCGUCCCGCCAGAAAAUACAGAAUUUGAACCCGGAGCGGAAGUGUUGGAUAAUGAAGCAUGCUGUAUAGGUUUUAUAUCAGGGUCUGAUAAGGAAUCAGUUGAUAUUAAACCCCGGAGUAGGAAUAUUGAAUCAGAGACUAUAAAAGAAAAUAGUCCUGUUGUUACUGAACUCACGUGUGUUCCUUUUUCUAUAUUUACUCCCCCCGCCCCUCCACCUCCACCCCCACCUGGGUUUCUUACUGAAAAUAUAAAGAUUCCAAAGAUAGUUUCAAGAGCAGAGAGAAUAAAGGAACAGGAGGGUCAGCCUAGAAAGAAGAAAAGUGUCUCCAGAGAACAAGCUCUUCUUGAUGAAUUGUCAUCUUUAGACGAAUCCUUCGCUUGUUUUCUUAAAACUCAGCUUAAUAUUAAAACCUUCUCCAGGGAGAGAGAUUCAGAGUCCGAAUUAGGAUCAACUUUAGAUCGGAGAAAGGUUCGAAGAAAAAAGGCUGAAAGUGAGAGCUCUGAAGGAAGACCUGGAUCAUCCUUGGACAUCAAACCCAACUCGGAGAUACAUCAAUCUCAAGCUGAGCCCUCAGAUUUAUCUGUUUCAGUUCAGCCAAUACUUGAAAGCGAGAAAGAGGAAAAGAAUUGUUCGGUGUUAAACCAAGGUCCUUUCGAAGCAGUUGAGACAGUACCGGUAGAUUCUACGGAGCUGAGUCCGGAUCCCCUGUCAGGGACGGAGAGUCCUACUUCUCCUGCUCCGGCAGAAGACCUGAAACCUAUGUCCGAGACAGAUCCUGAGAAUGAUAAUAAAAGUGAACCUUGUACAGAUAACGAUGAUGUGACAAAUAAUAAUGUAGUUGAGGAAUUUCAGUGUGAUGAAAGUGAGAUAUUGAGUAAACCUGAAAGGACGAAUUCUCCGGGUUUAGUGAUUGACUGUUGUCAGGACGAUAUGGGAGGAACACAUAGUUCGGAAGAGCAAACAUUAUCCGAUGUAACAUCAGACUUUACUCCAGACUCCAAAAAGGUUCCGAUCCUUUCCAAGUCUGACUCCGGCUAUUCUGGUUCUAGUCCUAAAUCUGCUCGAAAAAAGGACCUUUCAAUUGACGACGCUUUGCGCCAGUAUAAUCGAAGGAUUGGAGAAACAGUCCCUGUUGAACAGCUUAAGCGUCAAAGAAUUCAGUCCGUUGGGACGGAAUAUAGUGAUUAUACGGAUACAGAUACAGAACUUUCAGAUACAGAGGAUGUUGCCAACAGACGGGGAGUUCGAGAAGGAAGAAGUUUUAACAGUCGACGUAGCAGUACAGACAGUUCAGAGGACGGUGCCGGCCUCAGGGAUCUCCGAGGGGAGUUGAAGGAGCUGGAGGACAAGUUCAAGAAGGCCAUGGUGGCCAACGCCAGCCUGGACAAUGAGAAAUGUCAGCUAAUGUUUCAGGUUGAUCUACUAAAAGACCAGGUUGAGGAAGUAGAAGAACAAAGUUCUCUAAUUUUAAAAGAACUCCGCGCUAAAACCCACGAUUACGAACUAUUAAAACGCGACCAUGCAGAGAGCCAGCGCGCCGUCCAGCUUCUCCAGGCAGCUAUGGAGGCACAGCAGAAUAUGCUGCAGGAGCGGGGACUGGUUCUCCUGGGUGGAGAGGAGGAAGAAGAGGAGGAGGUGGUGGGAGAGGACGAGCAAGAGAAGAGAACUAGAGCCAUAGUUAGUCAGGAUACAGCUAAUAUUCUCGCGGGGUUAGGUCCAGGUCCUCUGGAUGUAAGAAUAAAACGGUUAGCGCGGCAGAGAGACGAUGCUCAAGAUUUGAAUCGUCGUCUUCGUCUUGAUCUGGAGGAGGAACAAAACCUGUCCUACUCUGCCAGGGGAGCAAACACACAGGAGGAGAUAGAGAGGGAAACGAAGAAACUCUUGGACGAAUAUAAAUUUAAAAUAUCUAAAUGUGAGCAAGAAACUGCUACGCUUACCGCCACCGUUGCCCGCCUUGAAUCACAGGUCAUCCGAUACAAAACCGCCUCGGAAACCGCCGAGCUAUCGGAAGAAAGUUUGAAGGUUGAACGACGGAAAACUCUGCGUGAGCUGCGCGAUGCGCAAAUGAAGAACGAAGAACUCGAAACCGCGAAUAAACACCUGGAGAAGCGUCUUGAAAAACUGAAGACUGCGAAAUCAAAUUUGCUUCAGCAACUCUGAAACUCGACUUACUUAGCAACACUUGUUAUAAAUAUUAUUAAGUGCCUACUUAUAAUUCUAACCCUGGAACAAGGGAUGUUAUUCUUCACACUAAACCCCUAACCAAACCAUAUUAAACCAUUGUCUUUAGUCGGAUAUAUAUAGCCUUGUGAUAUAGUUUCCAGCACGUGUUACAAACACGUUUAUGGGAGAUUUCAUGGAUUUAUGUCGAAAUCUACAAUUCUUAAAAAAUCCUGUUGCGGUUAAAAAAUAUAAUUUUAGGAUUUAUCUGAACAUUAAGAAUGUCAAUUUUCUUCCAAGUUUGUGAGUUUAUCUUCACUUUUAAUCUAUUAAAAGAUUGAACCCUGUAAGUCUGGUGUAUACUACUAUAAUGUUUAGACCAAAUAGUUUCACAGGAAAAAAUAUGUACUUUGUAUUUAUGAUGUAACUUGAAAAAAUGCAAAAAACAAAACAAAUAUUUUAUUACUUUUUAUUUUGUGUAAAUAUAGGCAUAUAUUUGUGA